GCCAUACUCUUCUCCAUGUCCCCUGCAUUUAUACACACUCUCAAUCACUCUACCUUCUCCACUUGGUUUCCUUUUCCUUUCUAAUCUCUUGCUUCUUUCUCCAUGGCCCUCUUGCUCUUUCUUCUUUUCAUUCUAAUGACUCCUUCAAGCAGCCUUGCUGACUGGCCACCUUCCCCUGGCUACCGGCCAAGUUCUAAGUUCAAGACUAUGAACUUCUACGAAGGGUUUAGAAAUCUCUGGGGACCUCAGCAUCAAUGGUUAGACCAAAAUGCAGUGACAAUCUGGCUUGAUAGAACCUCAGGAAGUGGGUUCAAGUCAGUUCGACCAUUCCGAUCAGGUUACUUUGGAGCAUCCAUCAAGCUCCAACCAGGAUACACAGCAGGAGUGAUAACAGCCUUCUAUCUUUCAAACAAUGAAGCUCAUCCAGGGCUUCAUGAUGAAGUGGACAUAGAGUUUCUUGGGACUACAUUUGGGAAGCCAUAUACUUUACAGACCAAUGUGUACAUCAGAGGGAGUGGGGAUGGAAAUAUCGUUGGAAGAGAGAUGAAGUUUCAUCUCUGGUUUGAUCCAACCCAGGAUUUUCAUCACUAUGCCAUUCUCUGGAGUCCCAAAGAGAUCAUAUUCCUAGUGGAUGAUGUUCCCAUAAGGACGUACCCAAGAAAAAGUGAUGCAACAUUUCCUGUGAGGCCGAUGUGGCUCUACGGUUCAAUAUGGGAUGCCUCAUCAUGGGCAACAGAAGAUGGGAAAUACAAAGCAGACUACAGAUACCAGCCAUUUGUUGGAAGGUAUACCAAUUUCCAAGCAAGCGGUUGCUCAGCCUAUGCGCCCGUUUGGUGCCGGCCGGUCUCCGCUUCACCUGCCCGGUCCGGCGGACUGACUCAACAGCAGUAUACAGCCAUGGAAUGGGUUCAAACCCACCAUAUGGUGUAUAAUUAUUGCUUGGAUCCCAAAAGAAACCAUGCCUUAACACCAGAGUGCUGGGGCUAAGUAGACAAUGAACCACAAAAAGACUACACCCCUAAUUACAAAGAAAUUUACUCUAGUGAGUUUCACUGUUUUGUCCCUUUGAUUUUAAUGGUGUCUUGAGAUGGGUUGAAAGGGUAGUUGGGCGUCCAAGGCUCCAGAGAAAAAGACAGAAGAAUUGGUGUAUUUUUUUUGGGUCUUGUUGCUCUUGGUGAACAUUAUCUGGAAAUUACAGAGAAAGAAAAAAAUCAUGAGAUGAUGAAACCAAAGAGAUGGUGGGUCAGUCAUGGGGUUUGGGCUUGUUUUUUUAUUUGUCAUUUCUGAAUAAAGCAACACUUUCUUU